CUGCAGCAACCAGUAAAUACGCAAUAAACAUUGAACAAUUCAAAAGUGAAGUGAAAGUGGAAAAAUAAGUCUACAAGAAAUGGCUUUGCAAUUGAGAAACGUUGCCACCAAAUUGUUUAAUCCAACAUUGAAUUUGGUGCGAAAUCGUUCCAGAUUCGUGCCAUCGUUAUUCUGGGACGAUCCAUCCAGAAGUCAUCGCAGUUUGAUGAGAGACUUUUGGAAUACUGAUCCAUUCGAUUGGGUGUUACCGAGUCGUUUUGGUGCACAUCGGCUACCUUAUUGGGAAGGUGAAAAAUUCGUGAGCACACCCGAAGACGGAUUUCAAGUAUCGUUGAAUGUGAAAAAUUUCCAACCAGAAGAAGUUUCGGUUAAAGUUGCCGACAAUAACAUCAUCAUUGAGGCAAAACACGAAGAACGUAAUGAAGACGACAGCUACGUUUCACGACACUUCAGCAGACGAUACACAUUACCCGAGAAUUGCAGCAUCAAAGAUGUGGUUUCCACAUUAUCGGCUGAUGGCAUUCUAACCGUUCGAGCACCACCAAAGGAAAUUGAUACCAAAAAUGCACGCACUAUUCAUAUCCAACCAACUGGAGCCGCUCACGUCGAAUCGGAGCCAAAAAAAGUUGAGGAAAACAAAGACGAACAGAAAAAACAAUAGAUGCCAAGAAUUUGGCAAUAGGAAUGUGAUUUGGAAAAAGUGUGAUAUAUUGUGACAUUGAUUUGAAGGAAAGAAAAAUAAAAU